AUGAGCGACAACGAAAGUGAUACAAAAGAUUAAAGACCUGCUGAAGUAGAGUGGAGAUAGAAAAAAGACACUUUAGAAAAGGAACAUAGAGAUCAAAUUUAAAGACUUUCUUAAUAGUAUGGUUUUAAACAAAGCGAAGUUUUCAAUAUAGCAAAAAGACAUUACAACAAAUUUGAAUUAGUUGAAAGGGAUAUCAAAACAUUAUUAAAAGAGGAGAAUGAUGAUGAUUGUGAAGGUGAUUGGAUUACAAAUGAUAAUGAAAAAUCAAGAUCACAAAACAAGCAUAAUAGGAAAUCCUCAAAUAGAGAGGAGAAUUAAAAAAAUAGUAGAAAAAAAAGUGAUCAAUACUAGAAAUAGCAAGAAUAAAGAAACUCAAGAAAUGAUGAAAGACUUGGAUAUAAUCAAAAAUAAUUCAAUCCUUCAUAGGAUUAGUAUAAUAGAAAGAACAGAGAAAAUACUAAAAAUAGAGAAGAGGAUGAUAAUCACUAAGGUCAAAUAAAAAAUUAUAGAAAUGAUAGAGGUUAAAAUUAGCAUUAAAAAAAUACACGUAAUGAUCAAGGGAAUUAAGUAAGAACAAAUUAAUAUCAAAAUUAUUAUAACAACACUAAUAAUUAUAUUAAUAACAAGAGCUGUAAUUAAAGAAAAUAAUAUAGAAAUAGAAACGAUGACUUUUUGUAAUAGCCAAUAUAUGUUUUAAAAGAGUAAUAGUCGAAAUAAUAAGCUCCUUAAUAAUAAUAAUAAAGUUAAGCUUAGCCAACACUUUAAAAUGAUACAAAAACUUAAUAAUUUUAAGGUUCUUAAAUUAAAAAGGAAGUUUAAUAAUAAAGUUAAAGUACCCAAUAAAAAUAAUAAUAGUAGCAUUAAUAAUAAUCGUAAUAGCAAUAAUAAUAAUAAUCUUUAAAAUAGAAUACUUAAAAUUAAACUUAAUAACCCUAAUAAUAAAAUGUAUAAUAACACACAUCACAUUCAACUAAUAAAGAGCAAACUCAAAAUUUGAUUGAUCAAACUUAAAAAAUCUAAUAAUAACAUACAACAUCUCAAAAAAAAUAAGAAACUCCUUAAUAAUAGCGACAAAUUCCCACUUAAACUACUCAAUAGGAAUAAUAAUAACCAGUUGUUUAAAAUUUUGUAACACAGCAAUCUCAAAUAAAUCAUCCUCAAGUACAAUUAUAAUAAAUUCAACAAUCAGAAAGUGGAUAAAAUAAUAAUCUACCUUUAUAAGAAUAUAAUUAACAAUAAGAUUAUAUGAAGUUUUCUGGGAACAGUGGACAAGGACCUUAACAAUAGGGAAAUCAAACAGUUUAAUAUUAGUAGAAACAAUCAAAACCAAUGUGCUAAGUUCCUUUAUUGGCUUAAUUUUUGAUCUAUCCAAAUAAUUGUACUUCAUCGACAAACCUAUUCCCUCUAACAAUUUAAAACUUAAAUAAUGCUUUUGAGUAAUUGCGAUAGAUUGCAUUGAAUUAUGAAUAACAACAAUAGUGAGAUUUAUAUCUGAAAUUCUUAAA